UUUUAAUUUUUCAUUUAAAAUUUACAUUUUUAACACUUUUUUAUAUCUCGCGCAGUAGUUAUAUAGGGGGUUUGUAAUUUACAUUUUCAUUUUAUUUUCUUAUUUGUAACUACUCUUUUAGAGUCAGGGUAAUUUAUACCAGUGAACUAUGUCCGAGAGAACGGCGGACUAUGACUUGCCUCCGACCCGGCCAAACCCGGCCACUACUGACGCGGGGAGUCCGGCAAACAAGUCUAUGGCAUCUCCAGUCAGGCAGUACGCAUCUAUCAACACGGUUCCCUCUCUCCAGGAGCACACUGCAGCGAGCAAAGCUGGCGCGAUUGGUGCGACGGCGGCGCCAAUCUCCAACCGCGCGUCGCUUGACGGGUCCGGGGCACUGGUACCUCUGAAUGCCUCUAGCUUUAGUGCGCGAGGGUCAAGCGUCAAUUUAAGUGACAAGCAUAUCGACGCCGAAGCCAAUUUGCCGUUUACGUACUCGGAUGUGUUUUCGCCAGAUGCCUGGAAGACACCAACGGCACCACAUGCCAGCGCGCUGUGUGCUGGCGGUAUGUCAUCUGAGAGCGAAGACAGCGACGACCUGGACGACGACAGCGACAGCGACACGGAGUCGUAUGAGGGACUUGCUGUGGACGACAUCAACGAGACCUAUGACCACAGCCUGCCCGAAUAUGUUCCAAACCCGGAUCCAUUCACGCAGAGCAUUUACUUGGAGGAGGAGGGCAUAAUGAUAAGCGUGCGAGGAAUGUCGUACAGUUCGAUGGCUGUGUGGAUGUACAGCAUGGUGGGGAUACUGACGCUGGGCAUUAGCAAUCUCCUUUGCCGGUGGAUUCCGACGUGGAAGAUCCGAUGGACGAUGCGUCCGGCGCAUCUGGGCGAAGCAGAGUUUGUUGUUGUAGAGGACGAAUUUGGCAGCAUUGCGAUCAAGGCCAUCCAGCGGCGGUUCUACGGCGGCACGCUUGAGUCGAUAUUUGGUUCACUGACCAGGAAGGGCCCCCUGCAUGAGCACAACGACGAUGUGGUCAGUAACCUGUCCAUGUUCUCUCACCGCUACUACCGCUUUGUGUACCACCCGUACUUGGAGAAGUUUUUGCCCAACGCCUGCUGGAUGGACUCCAAGUGGACCAGGCUUCCAAUGGGCAUUCGCACGGGGCUGUCGCAAGACAUCUGCGACCUGCGAAGCACGAUUUUCGGCGACAACAACAUCGAAAUCGAGGAAAAGCCGACUGCCAAACUGCUCUUUGACGAGGUGCUUAAUCCGUUCUACAUGUUCCAGGUCGGCAGCGUCAUCCUCUGGUGCUUUGACGACUACUACUACUAUGCGGCAUGCAUCCUAAUCAUCUCCGUCUCGGGCAUUGUCGAGACACUUUUUGAGACGCGGCGAAACACACGCAAAAUCAAGGAGAUGGCGCACUUCUCGUGCAUUGUGCGCAUUCUGCGUGACGGCACAUGGCGUGAUGGCAGCGCCGAGGAGCUACUGCCUGGCGAUGUGUUUGAGGUAACUAGUGGCAUGUACAUUCUCCCGUGUGACGCUGUGCUCCUCGAGGGCGAUUGCAUUGUUAACGAGUCCAUGCUGACAGGUGAAAGCGUGCCUGUGGCCAAGGUUCCGGUGGUGCCAGCGGUAUUUGGCAAGAUGAGACUGGCUAGCUCGACGUUUGGGUCUGAAAUUGCCAAGCACGUGCUGUUUUCCGGCACUCGACUGGUGCGUGUGAAGAAGACGGGCCUUGGAUUUGGCGGCAUGCGCUGGCUCGAGUUGGACCAUCAGCAGCAGCAGAAGCAGCCCAUGACAGGGACCCCUGCCCGAGCGACCGCGAUGGUUCUGCGUACGGGGUUCAAUACGACCAAGGGCGCGCUCAUCCGUUCGAUUCUGUUCCCGCGGCCCAACAAGUUCAAGUUCUACGAAGACUCGUUCCGCUUUAUCGGCAUUCUGGCUGUAAUUGCAGCGUUUGGCUUCUUGGCUAGCAUUGGCAACUUUUUGCGCCUAGGACUGAGUGCACAUAUCAUCACUGUGCGCGCGCUAGAUCUGAUCACAGUCGUUGUGCCUCCCGCGCUGCCAGCCACCAUGUCAAUUGGAGUGAGCUUUGCGCUGUCGCGCCUGCGCAAGCGGCAUAUAUACUGCAUCAGCCCAACGCGCAUCAACGUGUGCGGCAAGAUAAACGCAAUGGUUUUUGACAAAACAGGAACGCUCAGCGAGCUUGAUCUUGAUGUGCUGGGCCUGCACCCCGCCGACCCCGACUCUAACCGAUUUGGUGAGCUGCAAGAGGACCCACGCCUUCUGCCACUUGGCCCCGCGGCCGCGCCAAGCGCCCCAAGCUCGGCCUUCAGCAGCGCGAACAGCACGUAUGCUUUGGGUCUGCGCGCGAGUUUGGGCGGGCUGGCAUCCAUCGACCGCAGCUUCUCAAUGACCUCACCGGUUCGCAGACUGGCUGACCCGUCCAAGCUGAGCGUCAUGCACGCGCUGGCUAGCUGUCAUGCUGUCAAGCUCGUCGAUGGUCAGUAUGUGGGCGACCCCCUGGAUGUAAAGAUGCUUGAGUCCACCGGAUGGGUACUUGAAGAGGAGGGUGAUGAUUUAGCUUUGGGUUCGAUUAUCGCGCUGCCCAACGCCGCUGGCCGUGGCGCUUCGAUCCCGAUCCCAGCUGUCGUGCGGCCGCCAAACGCUGACCGGUUUACGCUGGACGGUACUGGCGGGAGCAAUGUGUAUGAGCUGGGAAUCAUACGCGCGUUCGACUUUUCGGCCUCUUUGCGGAGACAGAGUGUGAUUGCCAAGCGUCUGGGCGCACGCUACAACGAGGUUUAUGUCAAGGGCGCGCCAGAGGCCAUCCGCGAGCUAUGCUACUCGGACACCAUUCCGCGCGACUUUGACAGCGUUCUACUCGAGUAUACGAACCAUGGGUAUCGCGUCAUUGCGCUGGCCGGCAAGCCGCUCAAGAUGUCGUGGCCCAAGCUGCAGCGCCUCAAGCGCGAUGCUGUCGAGUCCGAGUUGAUAUUCCUGGGCUUUUUGAUCUUUGAGAACAAACUCAAGCCGACCACCGCGCCUGUGAUUCGCGAGCUCCGGGCUGCAAAAAUCCGCCAGAUAAUGUGCACGGGCGACAACGUGCUGACUGCUAUCAGCGUCGGCCGUGAGUGUGGAAUGGUCCCCGAGGGCAUGCGCGUGUUUAUACCCCGCCUGAUCCGCCGAAAGGAGGCAGAACCACCGGCCCCAGCCCCAGCAAACGGCGGUGCCAAUGGCAGCGUCCAAGUUUCUGAUUCAGAGUCAAGCGUUAGCGCUAGCGGCGGCAACGGUGAGGCAGACGUCCGCGCGAUGGUUGUAUGGGAGGAUGCUGAAGACGAGCUGUGCGUGCUAGACCCGUACACGCUCGAGCCGCGCGCAGCCACGGCGCCGGUCAAGGAUAAAUUGGUCACGUCGGACAUAGCUGAGACAUCGGCAGAGAUGCAGCGGCAACAGCAGCACUACUUCAACUGGCUGCACAACUACACCAACCCUGACGCCGAGCUGACAUCCGGCGGCAACUAUUGCGUGGCUGUCACUGGCGAGGUGUUCCGGUACAUCAUGGACACUGCGCCGGAUACGACUGUCGGGCGCAUUCUGAUGCGCGGCGCUAUCUAUGCGCGGAUGUCUCCGGACGAGAAGGGCGAGCUGGUUGAGAGGCUGCAGGCGAUCGGGUACUGUGUAGGGUUCUGUGGUGAUGGCGCCAACGACUGCGGCGCGCUGCGUGCGGCCGACGUGGGCUUGUCGCUGAGUGAGGCCGAGGCCAGUGUUGCGGCGCCGUUCACAUCGCAUUCGACCGACAUUCAGUGCGUGCUGGAGGUCAUUCGCGAGGGUCGGGCUGCGCUGGUAACCAGCUUCAGCUGCUUUAAGUACAUGGCGCUGUACAGUAUCAUCCAGUUUACCUCGGUGAGCAUGCUGUACGAGUUUGGCGGCGGGCUGGGCGACUCCCAAUUCCUCUACAUCGACCUCUUUAUCAUCGUACCGCUGGCCAUCUUCAUGGGCCGCACGCCCGCCUACCACAGCAUUGUGCCCAAGCGGCCCACGGCCAACCUGAUGAGCAAGAAAGUGUUGACCUCGCUGUUUGGCCAGAUCGCCAUAAAUUCGACCAUCCAGGCGAUUGUCUUCCGCAUGGUCAAGAACUCGGCAAACUACACGCCCCCUGUUCGCGAAGACCCCGGCGACCUGGAUUCUCUUUUGAUAAAAAGCUUUGAGAACACGGCGCUGUUCUUGAUUUCGUCGUUCCAGUACAUUCUGGUUGCCUGCGUCUUCAGCAUAGGCCCGCCCUACCGCCAGUCUAAUAUGCGCAACACCGGCUUGUUUGCCGCCUGCGCGCUGCUUGUCGCCUUCACUGUGUACAUGGUGAUGUGGCCCAACGACUGGAUAAACAAUGUGUUUGAGCUGGUGAAUAUCAGCGAGAGCUUCCGCCGCACUGUGAUCGUGUGCGCAAUUAUCAAUUUUGGCCUGAGCUCAGCUGGCGAGCGCUGGCUGUUCCCAUGGCUGGCCCCUACGGUCGCCAAGCUCGGGCGCAUUAUCAAGUACAUAUGCCAUCGUCACGUCAUGCGCCGCUUCCGCGGACAGUACACAAAGUUGCAGUCGUUUGAGAGUGAUUCUGACAGCAGGGGCAGCCAGUCAAACAACGGCGCUGGCAGCUCUGCCGCCACAUUCACCUUGGGUGAGGGCGAUACUGCGGGUCUGGUUUCGUCACCUGUUACCCGCGAUGCGCACCGCGGCAACUAUAGCAGUGAGCUACUGGAGUCUGGGUGCGAACCUUUGUCAUGGGAGGAGAUUGCGCGCAAGUCAGAGUCCAAGCAGUACAAGCGCAUUCUGUGCGACAUGGGCAUUCCCGCAUGGUACUAGCAACAUAUACGUAGGCAUGUACAUUAUUACACUGGUGUAAAUGGACUUUGGAAUUCCCAGACAUUUAUAACGAAAUUCUGGAUUUUUAAGCGGGAAGUUUUCAAAACCAUUUUCCUCAGUUUUUUUAGCCUAAAAUAUUAGGAAGUCCAGAUUUUUGAAAAUGCGAAAAAGUAUUUAAUGUUUGCAUCUGACUGGUUCUUUGGUUAUGGGUUAUGGGUUAAGGGUGACGCUUAACAGUGUAAUUAUAUUUUGGUUUUGGUUUUGAU